GGGGUCGGGCGGGCGGCGGAGCGGCGUGUGCCGCCGGGCAGGGCUGGGCCGGGCAGGGCAGGGCAGCGGGCGGCGCUCCGGUCCCCUCCGGUCCCGUCCCGGCGGGGCCCGCAGCCGCCCCGUCCCGUCCCGCUCCGCCGCCGGCCCCGGGACCAUGCGGCGGGCGCGGGCGUUGCGCCGCCGCGGAGCUCUGCUCGCCUGCCUCUCCCUGGGGACGCUGCUGGCCCUCGCCGACACCAAGGGUGCUUUCUACCCCCCCGCCGCCCCCCUGCCCUACGGCGGCAGGUACAGCCUCUACACGGCCGGCUCCAGCCCGCAGCUCGGCCCCGGCAAGCCCGUGGGCAAGCACAAGAGCUACUGUGCCUACGUGGUGCAGCGCAACGUGACGUGCACGCUGCAGGAUGGGGCUGAGAGCUACAUCAAGGCCGAGUACCACAAGUGCAGCUGGGGACCCAAAUGCCCGGGGAAAGUGCUGUACCGCACCUUCUUCAGACCCAAAUACAAGAUCGGAUACAAGACAGUGACUGAGCUGGCCUGGAGGUGCUGCCCAGGCUUUAUGGGAGAAGGGUGCCACGACAGCCCGACUGACCAACCCGGCCUUCUGCCCCAACAUCCCAGCCCUAAAAUGCCUCCUGGGCAAAAGAUGUUUCCAAUCCCCAGACUUCCUCCCUAUCCAAAAAGCCACCCUGACCUGUUUCCAGGACCAAAGAAGAAUCAAUAUGGCAGGAAGCUGCCUGGCCUCUUCGGGGACCGCCUGGAUCGUCUGGAGGAAGAGGUGAGGCGCCUUUCCCAGUCCUACGACAGCCUCCACACCAUGGUGAGCGGCCUGGGGGACCGCCUGCGGCUGGCCAUCCAGGAGGACACCACCAAGAUGAUUGGCUCCCUGAUGAACAGCCCAGGCACGCCUGACUCGACGGUGGGCUUCGGCAUCAUUCCAGAUGGGCUGGUGGAUGUAGCGGACAAAGCCGACAUUGCCACGUACCCUCCCGUGGGGGAGAUCCUGACCAAAGUGACGGAGGUGAGCGACGUGCUGAAAACCAAGGCAGAUUUGCUGCAUGAGGUUCGCGGCAUGGUCCUGGACCAUGAUGGGCAGAUCAAGCACCUGCUGGAGUCAGCCCGGCCCUCGCCCCUCACCUCCAUCGACCUACUGGAGGAGUAUGUGGACACACGGCUGAGCAACCUGCGUGGAGAGCUGCUUGACGGCUUCGAGAAGAAGCUGGGGAAGAUCCAGACCACGUGCGAUUUCCGGAUCCAAGAGGUGAGGCAGCAGUGCGAGGAGGAGAAAGCUGCCAACCUGCGGCUGCAACAGACGCUGGAUGGGAAGGAGCUAGAGAUCAAGAAAGAGAUCUCCCAGCUGGAGACCCAGAUCCAAGGGCUGACAGUGGUGGAAAGCUGCUGCAGCAACCUGGACUACCUCACUGAUCGCAUGAACAUCCUCGAGAAAGGCCUUCACAGCAUCUCUGAGUCCCAGAAGAACUUGCAUUCGCGGCUGGAUGGAGAAAUCUCCACUGUCACCCUAGGGAACCUUUUUGAAGGGCGUUUUGAGGACCUGGAAGCCAGACUCAAUGCCACAGAGAGGGAAACAGGGAGCUGCUGCUCCAGUAUAGAGGACAGCAUGAGAGGGACAGUGGUAACAGAGGUGGAUGGCAUGAGGACUGCCUUUGAAGAUAAAAUGCAGACCCUGGAAGACAGGUUCAUGACCAUCGUGGGGGAGCUGAACAACAUCAGUUCUCCCAUGGGCAUGGACGGAGCAGUGGUGCCUGUGCUGGAGGGAGAGCUCGCCAGCAUGAGGAAACGGACGGAUGAGACACUGGAGGUGUUGCAGAAUCGCCUCAUCACGCUGGAGAGCACUUGUUCCCUGGGCUGCACCUCGGCCUCCAAGGAUGUGGAGACCUUCCGGACAGAGAUCGAAGACUGCCAGAACAAGAACCAGGACCUGCUCCUCCGGAUGGACAGCAACUACGACCUCCUGCGCAAGCUGAACGCCACCAUCCUGGAGAUCCAGCGGCGAAUCGAGGAGGAAGCAUCGGGAGCUUUGCAAGGGGAGAUCACCUUGCUAAAGAUCAACCUGAACACCGUGAGCAAGUCUCUGACGGGGCUCAAGGACUCCGUCUCCCAGUACUCGGACACCGUGACACACGUCAACUCCUCACUGGAUGAGCAUGAACGGAAGAUCGAGGAUGAGGUCCACACCAUCCAGGAGAAAGUCAACGACCAAGGCUCCCAGCUUUUCUUCAGCAAUCGACGUGUCCUGAACCUCAAGGGAGACCUGGAGCGACUCAAAGCUAGGAUUGUCAGCGACCUGAGCUCCUGCAAGAGCAUAGCCCAAGACUUGCAGCAGGAGAUCGCUCACUUUGAUGACCGGGUGGCCCGGGUGGAGAGUGUCUGUGGCAGGCUGGGUGCUGUCACAGGGAGCCUGGAUGGCAUCAGGGACGAACUGGAGAAACACACGGGCAGUCUGUGGGACUACAUGGACCACAUGAACGGGACCCUGGCUGCUCACUCUCAGGAAAUAACAGGACUGAAGGACAACCUACUUGACUGCCAAGCCAAGGUCUCUGAGCUGGCGGAGCAGGUUGGCCACCUGGAAGAGCAGGCAGAGGGGAAGCAGCAUUAGCCACGCUGCCACACACUUCUUUCUUCUCCUCCACGUGAAGGACAGGAUUAACUUAUAUCACACAGACUCACUCCAAUGUGAGAACAGUUCUUUGGACAAUUUUUUAAUGAAAAGAUAAAAGCUGCUAAAACCCUUUUUUUUUUUUUUUUUUUCCCCUUAAAUCUUUUUGGCCCCACUUUUCCUUAGCUCUGCCAUUCCAGUACUCGCCCCCGACGCCCACUGGCUGUCCCAGCCCUGGUGCAGCAGGGUCACUGCCUCCUGGUUGGGGGUGUUGCUUUGGCUCCUGGGCUGAUGACCCCAGAAGGACAAUUCAGGAGGAAGCUGGAGGCGGGAAUGUUGGGGUUUUUUUAAAUUUUAUUUUUGUGGAUUUAUUCCUUCUUGAAGAAUAAAACCCUGUAGUUGUCAGUUGAGGAAUAGAGUUUCUCUGACCUAAAGACCACCUGUGUCUUAAUCCAGGGAUUGAGCAGCGCCAGGGCUCCUUACAGGGAACAAAACUCACCACAGGAAUCAAGGAUUUCAAAGAACACACGUAUUCACACAUCCCACUGGGAACUGCCUUCCCCUCUUCGAGACAGCAGCCCUCCUUCUGUAUGGUAAAGCCAUUUAUACUGCUCACUCCUUCAUGCAAACGCACAAGCCUUACGGAGCAUAUGAGGAUAUGCAUUAGGAAAACACACAUAGGCAUAUAUAUACACGCAUGGUAUGUGUAUAUGUAUUUUUGAACAAUUCACUGUCAUGGUGCUCAUCUGAUUGCAAAGUAGCCUCUUGCUGCCCCCACAUCCCUUGCUGUAUUUUGAAGAACCACACUGAGCAGCUAAAAGCCCCCGCAGCAGCAUUUGGGGGAGGGCCCCAUGGUCCCUCAGGGCUGCCGUGCUUUGCAAUCCCACUUCGCUGUGCUCUCUGGUUACACCUGGGACUGACAUGAAGGGUUAUGGAAAACUUGUAUCUUCCCCAAAGAGAAGUGUGUCCGUAGGUCUCUGCAGAGACCGAGGCGGGCAUUGAGCAGUCCUGUCCUCCAGCUCGCGUUCUCUCCUGUUUGAUUGCUUAAACUGUGAACGUGAUUCCCCUCAGCUCGUCCUGGGGCAGAAGAGCUGCAGCUGCUCCAGGCUGUGAGUGUGGGGCUUUCCUUGUCUGGCAGCUUCAGAGCAGAAGCCUGCGUCCUCCUUGCGUUCCUCUGAGCCCACUGGGAUGCCAGCAGCCCUGACGACCGACACCAACAUGGAGACCCCAGGGAGGAAGUGCACUUUUGAGAAGACCUCUUGAGACCUCUCCUCAGCUCAGCCUGGGAAUGAAAAACUGAAGUGAUUUACCAAAGGUCACUCUGGUUUCUCCACAAACAGGCAGGCUGGAAAAGGUUGUACAUGCUCCUGAGCAAUUCCAGCCUUUCCAUCUAGAGCAGGUGUCCAGACCAUGCGGCUGCUGCAUACAAGACCCUCCUCUCCUGGGGACCCCAGCAUGGGCAUCCUCCACUGCUCAGCCAACAGGGACUUCAUUACCAGAAAGGAUGAAGAGGAAAUUAAAGAGCCUCCAUCUGACCAGCUUUGGCACUUUAUAGCAGAGGAACAUAUUUUUCUAUCAGCUCAGCGUUGCAGCUCAUGGACCCUUCCACACCAGCUAGCCUUCAGCUCCCACCUGGUACCCAUCACUCUCACCAGGUCACCCCUGCUCCCCUGUGCCCCACAAAGGAGCAGCUCUGUGCUUUGACCAGCACAAAACAGCAGCAACUCCCAGCAGACAUGCAUCUGGACACCUUUUCUCCUCCAUAAAAACCUCGAUGAGCUCCCUGAAACAGAUGCCUCCAGGCUGGGGAGGAUCACAGGCAUCACCAAGUCCAGUUGGCCGCAUGACGUUACCCAGACACAGUAGAAGCUCUUUCCCCUGCCAGGGGAGCAUGGGCCAUCAGCUGUACGAGCAGGGAGAGAGGACCUGGCCUCCCACCACUUAACCCACCACUUCACAGGCUGCCAGAUGCUCACAGCAGCAGAAUCCACACUUGAUACUCUGGGCUUUGCUGAUUCAGAGCUAUGCUGCAGCUGCUGAGACACUUCUCCAGCUGAGGACCAACCUACAGCUGCUUUCAGGCAGCCUGAAAAACCUGUGCUUAGACAAUAAAACUUUUCUUUUUUUCCCCAGCCCAUGGAAGGAGUCUCAAGCCAGCACUCAGUUCUUUGUGAUGGGCCAGGGGAACCCUCACCCCACAACAGCAACCUGCCCAAGCCCCCUCCCCACCCUCUCACACCAGGGAGAAAAAGGGCUGCAGCAACCAAAGAGAAAAUUAAGCCAAGGGCCAGGCUUACCCCUUUGCAGGCCAGGGCUGGGUUAGAGAGCAGCUGAACAGCAACAGCUUCCUCCAGCACAGGGGAGCCAGGACUGGCCCUAACAAAACUAGGACAAGGAAGAAGUCUGACCUUCCAGAAAAUGGUGCUAUGAUUGGACUAUUCCUGACUAGUCACUUGAAGCUACAGACAGUUUGUAUUUCAGUUCUCAGCUAUUCAUGUUUAAAGAGUGAAAGAAACUUUGUAUAAAAUAGGGCAUUUUCUUUUGCUUGCGGAGAGGGAAGGAGAUGGCACCCACGCCGUUGUCCUUGCAGGGGCAGCUUCCCGAGGCAGUUGAUAACUGAUCUUGUUAAAAGGCUGUGUUUUAUUGUUUUUAAAAACCUUGUACAUUUGUUCAGAUUUUAAAAGCUGAAAAAGUGUUUGUACUGAAAAGGAAAAAAAAUAAAGUAUUUCUUGCUGAGGUU